AUGGCACUUGUUAUCAAUACUAAAGGACUAAAAGUUGCAAAUAAAACUUUAGCAAUAUUCAAGUCAGUUUAUCCACCACUUAUGCCAGAAUACAUAGUAUCACAGAUAAAUAAGGAAUUGAAAACCCUAAGUGACUUGACAGGAAUAUCUACUUUACCAGUAACAAAUAUAUAUUUUAUUGCAUCUUAUAAGAGUAAGGAACAAGUAACAUAUCAUAAUAUUGUAACUCCAUCACAGAUUAUUACAAAACCAAAAAUGAUCAAAGAAGCAGUCAAAGCAUAUUUUAAGAAUUGGACCAAAUUAAAUAAAAGUGACCCAGAGGAAUGGCCUAGCUAG